AUGUCGUCAGCACCAAAGCCAGCGUCGAGCGAGAACAUCAUCGCACAAAAGUUUGACCGUUGCCUGGCGGAUCUCAUCGUGAAGUCCGGGGUCGGCUUCAGCGCGGGCGUGAUCGCGUCCGUCAUCCUUUUCCGCCGUCGCGCAUGGCCGGUCGCUCUUGGGACGGGCUUCGGUGCCGGUAUGGCGUACGCCGACUGCGACCGCUCCUUCAACCCUGCAAGGAUACCGGGCACACGCGUCAUCCCUGCCUCAGAGGCGAAGAAGGACUGA